AUGUUCCCCGAGCCGGAGAGUGGCUCACAAUGUUCCAGCGUGCAGAGGGGACCCCAGCAGGCGCCAGCUCUGCCUGGAGGUAGCAGGAGGCAAGGAGGCACUGGCUGCAGAGCCUCUUUCAGGGUGAAGGCGGAGCUCCGAGGGGCAGCUGUGACCCUGUGUUUCCGUGCAGGGGACUUCGUGCAGCUGCCCGUGCCUGUCAUCCAACAGCUGUACCACUGGGACUGCGGCCUCGCCUGCUCCAGGAUGGUGCUGCGGUACCUGGGCCAGCUGGACGACAGCGAGUUUGAGAGCGCCCUGCAGGCGCUGCAGCUCACCAGGAGCGUCUGGACCAUCGACCUGGCCUACCUCAUGCGUCAUUUUGGCGUGAGGCACCGCUUCUGCACACAGACCCUGGGUGUCGACAAGGGCUAUAAGAAUCAGUCUUUCUACAGGAAACACUUUGACACCGAGGAGACACGAGUGAACCAGCUGUUCGCACAGGCCAAGGCCUGCAAGGUGCUGGUGGAGAAAUGUGCAGUCAGCAUACAGGACAUCCAGGCGCACCUGGCGCAGGGCCACGUGGCCAUCGUGCUGGUGAACUCGGGCGUGCUGCACUGCGACCUGUGCUCCAGCCCCGUCAAGUACUGCUGCUUUGCUCCCCGCGGCCACCGCUGCUUUUGCCGCACCCCCGGCUACCAGGGCCACUUCAUUGUGCUUCGAGGCUACAGCCGGCCUGCCGGCUCCGUCUUCUACAACAACCCAGCCUACGCCGACCGGAUGUGUAGCACCAGCGUCAGUAACUUCGAGGAGGCCCGCACCAGCUACGGCACCGACGAGGACAUCCUCUUUGUCUACUUGGACAGCUGAUGCCCUGCCCCUACCCGGAGUCGGGCGCCAGCAAGAGGCCACUCUAGGAGAGCAAGAGGCUCGCGCUGGCCUCCCACAAGCCUCACUGCCCAGUCCGCUCAUCAGGGCCACACCUGGGGCCGUAGCCCACCAUGGCCCCCCAAACCAUCCUCCCUCCAUACCCCUAGAGGCCCCCACCGCUGCUCUCACGACUAGUCUCUGCCGCUUCUGGUGAGGACACCCCUCAUACCACUUCCCCACAGAG